AGACCAGGACCUCGCCUUUCAAAGCGUCCUGGGUGGGAAGAACUGUUUAUAUAGAAAGGGAUUCCGCUGUAAACGCGCUAAUAUCUCGGCAGCCAGCGCAUGGCGUGCGCCCCUCACGCCGGCCAGUAGGAGCGGCCGUCGCUUGGUUCACAGCCUGACCUGCCCCUCGCCUCCUUCCCCUCCUCUACCAUGACCACCUCUGGACGCCUCAGCUUCACCGUACGCAGCCUCCUGGAUUUACCCGAGCAGGACACCCAUCACCUGCGGAGGCGGGAGCCCGAGCUACGUGCCCCCUGUCCCAGAUCCUGUGCCACCUGGCUGGGAUCCGAGCGCGGCAGCUACGCGUCCUCGGACGAGAGCAGCCCAGAGACCAGCCCGCCGGACUCGACGCAGCGGCCGCCGGCUCAGCCUGCAUCUCCGAGCUCGGACGCGGAGAAGAGGAAGAAGCGGCGGGUGUUGUUCUCCAAAGCUCAGACGCUGGAGUUGGAGCGGCGCUUCAGGCAGCAGCGAUACUUGUCCGCGCCCGAGCGCGAGCAGCUGGCGCGCGUGCUGCGCCUCACUCCCACGCAGGUCAAAAUCUGGUUCCAGAACCACCGCUACAAGCUGAAGCGCACGCGUGCGCCCGGGGCCGCGGAGUCGCCCGACUUGGCAGCUUCUGCAGAGCUGCGCGGCGCGCCGGGCUUGCUGCGCCGUGUGGUGGUACCCGUGCUGGUGCGCGAUGGGCAGCCGUGCGGGGGCAGCAGCGACGUGGGCACAGCCGCUGCCCAGGACAAAAACGGCGCUCUCUCAGCUGCCUCCUGCCCUCUGCCCGGCUACGCCGCCUUCGGGCCGGGCUCGGCUCUCGGCCUCUUCCCCGCCUACCAGCACUUAGCGACCCCCUCUCUGGUCUCUUGGAACUGGUGAGGCAGCUGCGGGGCGAGGGCAUUGGGCCUACCCCAGACUUUGUAGUACGCACGAAGGCAGGUGCAGGGGUGGGGCCCAUGACCAGGAGCGCUCCCCGGGCUUCACCACCCAGCAAGCUCAAUGUCUUUUGGCACCAAGGUCCCCUGCCCAGGUCUCACGAGCCAGCCAGCGCACAGGGAAUUUCCGUCAUAUUCCCCCGCGCCCCAUCUCCUCAUCUCCUGGACGGCCAGCCCCAAAGUUAGAUCUUAUUGCUUGAACCUUCAUUGUAUAUUUUUAAAAUAGCCAUUUG